AUGGCGGCUAGGGGUGUAUCGUUGGUAUUGGCCGCACUGGCCCUGUCCUGCUUCCUCCUGAGCGCAGCGGCUCAAGGCAUGGAAGAUGAUGAGGACGUGGACCUUGAGCUGCUCCUGGAUGUGCUCCGAAGAACCCGCGGCCAGCCGCAGGUCCGGAGAGAGAGCUCGUGGGGCGCGUGGAGCGACCUGCUGCAGGCGCACGGGAGGAGGACGACAGCGAGGGAAGGGGCGAGGAGAGGAGGGAAGGAGAAGGCAGCGACAGAGCUCUCGCAGAAGAGCUCGCAGCAGCAAAAGAGCAGCAGGUUCAGGAAAGACUCGUCGGAUCCCGAGAGCCUCCGGACCAGGGACAAGUACCAGCGUGUUCAGGCUGACAGGAUACGAACAGCAUACAGAGACGGGAAGGCGCAGGUUCGGCUGCUCAGCGCCACAGACAUAGUCACAUCCAGCAGCAUCUCCUGGGACGUCCCCUGUGCGCUGAAAUUCUAUCAAGACGCCUAUGGGAUAGUACAAGGGUGCACCCCCUCCACUGCCCGGCAGGGCGUCUGCAGCCGGAUCGUGGUGGAUGAGUUCGGGGAGCCGGACGAGAUGAGGGACCUCGCGAUAGCAACAGAGGCAGCCAUGGUGAACCUGUUCCAUCAGGGAGGAUCGACAAGCCUGGCUCCUGUGUCUUCCCUGGAGCGGCUGGGGGUGAAGGGAGGACUGCUGGUUCAGUACUUCCUUGCGAAGGUGAAGCUGCGGAUCAUGCGCGAGUUCGGGCUGGAGGUGAUCUACGACAGCGGUGCCCUGCUCACCAGGCUCAAGGGCGAUCCUCCGCGGGACGAGUGGGAUGUCGAGCCCGGCCAUGUCUACUGGAACCCGCACGUGGACAAAGCCAACAUACCCACCUACGACUACUCUGCUUUACUCUACCUGAACACGCAUGGCAAGGACUUCCAUGGCGGAGAGUUCUCCUUCAUCGACGAUGACGCUGAUCGGAUCGUACAGCCUCGAGCGGGAAGACUUCUUAUCUUCACUUCCGGACCAGAAAACCUCCACCAGGUGCGUGAAGUCACCCGAGGAACACGCUACGUGCUGGCCAUGUGGUUCACGUGCUCCAAGGAAGAUCAGUACCGUGAUGAGGACUAG